ACGGCAGGAAAUGACCCGUACUGUUUCGUGGAGUUCCAUGAGCAUCGCCACGCAGCUGCAGCCCUGGCUGCUAUGAAUGGGCGGAAGAUAAUGGGAAGUGAAAGUGAAUUGGGCAACAACCCCUAGCAGUCAAAAGAAAGAUACAAGCAGUAGUACCGUUGUCAGCACACAGCGUUCACAAGAUCAUUUCCAUGUGUUUGUUGGUGACCUCAGUCCAGAAAUCACAACUGAAGACAUCAAAGCAGCUUUUGCACCAUUUGGAAGAAUUUCGUAAGUAACAAAAAUAAAUAUAACACUUAAUUAGCAGUGCUUUUUCUAAUGUAAUAAUAACUAUAACUUUGUUAUGACCGUGAACCUUAAUUCUAAUACUUUAAAUAUAGCAUAUUCCAUUGUUCAAAGAUCAUCCAAGAGUCUGAAAGCAAGUGUAGCCCACUAAUGAGCGAUGGUCUUCAGUGACCCUGCAGUGGUCAGUCAGACCGCUGUCAUACACAUUGCAGCCUCCUAGAGGCUGGGCUGUGGUUGAAGGACUUAUCUAGGCACUUGCUUGGAUGAUUCCAUGCAUUUUAUGGUAAUUUAGCAGCACAAAAUCUGAACAGUUUUGGUUGAAAAAACAGAUGUUAAAUACCACUUCCUUGGCAUUUAAUCCCUCUUCCCUUUUAAAAACUUAACGAUAGUGUUUUGGACCAUUUUGUGAAAUACUCUCUUUGUUAAAUUUGAUAGUAGCCGUUUGUUUUAGGCCUUUGUCAGGAUUUAUUCAGGGUAGCAUUUAUCAUAGAAGAACUUUAAAGGUCUGAAAAGCCUGCCCUAAGAAUAACCAGCAAUUUCAGUUCUUACUCAGAAUCAGUUGCCGAGUUUAGGGAAAGUUUUGUAGGGUUCCUAAUUCCUUUGUUAUUGUGUCACUAGAACAAAAAUAAAGAAGAAUUCUAGCUAUAGCUGGUUUGAACAAAGCAGCACAGAAAGGUGAGGAGAUUGAAGUGUAGAGACCUAUAGGGCUGUGGUGAGUUUUCAAUUGAGAGUUGUAGUUGGCUGGUGAGAGAGUCGCCUUGAGGGUAGGACAGCUUACCAGUGGACUCUUCUGUUACAUGACAGUUUUCUUUGUGAGAACUGGUUAAGGAAAUAGUGAGGCUUUAAUUUCUCAAUUGUUUUUUAUAAUCUGUGUUAGGAUUUCAGUAGUGGUUGGUUGCUUUCCAGUGUCUAGACUAGGCAGGUCUGACUAACUUUGCCUCUCAAGCUGUGAGAGUUCCGCUCUGAAGAAUCUUGUGUGUUUUCAGUUUGGUAUGGAGAAUCUUGGUCAGUUUCCCCCUGUCCUCAGAGCAGUCACAGGAAGAUAGAAGACUUAAGAGUUCUUUUCUGAUCUGUGCUGUUGCUUUCUAUGCGAGUCAUUUUAGAAGGAAGUAAGCAUCAACGAUAAUACUUCAGGGCUGACACUUCUUUUUUUUUUUUUUUUUGGUUCUUUUUUUCGGAGCUGGGGACCGAACCCAGGGCCUUGCGCUUCCUAGGUAAGCGCUCUACCACUGAGCUAAAUCCCCAGCCCCCAGGGCUGACACUUCUGAGGCAUUAAAAAGAAAACAACUUUUCUAAUAUUGUGAACAAAUAAAGUAGCUAUUUUGGUGGAUUUUUAGGUUUUAUUGAAUUAACCUUUUCUAAUGAGAAUUUUAGUUUAAGAUUUAGGUAAAGAUUGUUUAAUAAUUAUUGAAGGGCUAAUAAUGUGGUUCAGCAGAUAAAGGUGUUGCUACCAAACCUGAUGACCUGAGUUCAACCCCCAAACUGCAUGGGUAGGAGAGAAUUGACUCCUGAAAAUUGUCCUCUGACCUACGCGCGCGCGCACACACACACACACACACACACACACACAAUGUUUGAAAAAAAAAUCCAGAGGUGGUAGCACACAUCUUUAAUCCCAUAAUUUUGGUGGUUCUCUUGAGUUUGAGGCCAGCCUACAUACAGCCUAUACAGAAUGAGUUCCAGGGUAGCCAGGGCUCCACAGAAGAAAUCCUGUUUCAAAAAAAUUAAAAAAAAAAAUAAAAUAAAAGAAUAUAAUUCCUUAGCAAUACUUUUAGAAAGAGCCUCCAUCAGUAAGAUUAGAACAACAGAUCUUCAGAAAGUUCACAGGGGUGGAAGCUCACGCCUUUAAUGCCAAGAGGUAAAAAGAAAUAGGUGAAGUUAAAUGACAUUCAGACUGAGCAAUUUCAUGACUUUUUAGUUUUAAACUAGUCAUUUUGUUACUAUGACUACAUCACAUUGUUAGCCUAGGUUUUUUGGUUUUUUUUUUGUACAUAUAUGUGUUUGUGUUUUUAUGUAUGUGUGAAUGUAUGUGUUAGACAAGAGGUUGAUAUCAAGCAUUUUCAUCCAUUACUGCAUACCUAAUACAUUGAGGCAGAGUUUUGCACUAGAACCUAGGGCUUACCAGUUCUACUAGUCUAGCCAGCUUACCCUGAGUACAGCUGCCUUUGCUUCCCAAGCAUAUUGACAUUUAUGUGGGUGCUGGAGAGCUGAGCCUGGGUCCUUUGACUUUGCAUGAUAGCACGUUAUCUGCUGAGCCUUUCCCUAGCCCCAGCAUUUAGGUUUUCUUAUGGGUUCACAAUUGUUAGUGUAUUAAUUUUUUUCUUGAUAAGGCCUUUUCGUUGAGUUAAUCUAUGUUAGCUUAUACAGGCAGUUAGAUUUCCUAAAUUUAACAGAACUAUUUGGCAAUUGGUAGCACAUAACAUGUUUCUACUUUUGUUUGUGUGGUUGUUUCUCGUCUUAAGGAGACAGGCUGAUAGCAAUGUUGAAGGGUUUCUACAAUAGAUAUCUUUAUAGGUAGUUUACACUAUGCUUGAUUUAUAGAAGGUAUAGGGUAAAUGGUGGUUUAUUAAAUAUUUAAUAUGAAAAUAAAAAUAUUUUCCCUAAUCGAUAUAGCGUAAACCCUUUCUGUUGCUUGAGUUUAGGGUCAUAUAGCAAAUUUUGAUAUAGAAAUAAAUCAACUACCAAAUUAAAUGCAUGUGUGCCAUGUAUGUAAAAGUUACUGAGAAGUGACUUAUAGCUUUACCUAAUCAUCAGAAUCUUUUAUUACACUUAAUAAAUCACUUCUAAACUGAUCUAAAAUGUGCUUGUGUAUACUUACAAUUACAUUGCAUGGCUCUCUGACUUGGGUUCUUGUUGUAAACAUGCCUGUUUUGUUCAUGUGUCUUGGGAAAACAAGCAUUGUGACAUAUACUAGGCUAAUUUAAAGUAGAUUGCCUGUGAAACACAAUUUGAGUCCAGUUUUUUUGACGUAUGGAGUUUGAGCUAUCGUGGCUGGGUUUUUACUCAAUCUCAAAUAAUAGGGCUCUGGUUAUUUUGCAGAGUGUCUCUGAAGAAUGGACAGAAUUGCCCUGGCUAACUCCAAGCUACGGUUCACAGUGGAUAAAUGUUGGCGUGCUUUUUUACUUUCUGACUUUUUAAAACUUUGUUUCAUAUCUUAUAGUUUCCAAUCAAUCUUAAUAUGAAUGCUAUUAUGAAAUUCAGUAUAAAAUUUUUCUUACAUAGUUUAAAAGUAAAAUGUGUUUGUGUAUCCUUCAAUGAUUUAGCAUUUCUAAAAAUGUCAAAUUCUCAAAACUUACCCUAGCCCAGAAUGGGGGUAUAUAUUCAUCUGAGAAAAUGAAGUAAUUAGCUUAGGGAAUAUACAGCUUUUUAAUGCUUUAGUUUUCAGUUUUAUAUUUUAAUUUUUUGAAUGAUUAUAUAGCAUAUGGUGCCAAAUAGCAAAUGAUAACCUGCAUGGUUAAAGAAAGCCAAAGUACCUAAGACCUCUGUAGUUACUAAGUGCUUCAUAGGAAAUCUGCUUUCACCAUGCUUAAUCUAUAGACGUUCAUAAGACAGUUUAAAAUGGAAAACUCGUUAGAAUAUAGAUUUAUAUUUAAGACAUUGAUCUGCAUGUCUAUAAAAUUAACCCUCAUUAGCCAAUAAAUACGUUUAAUAGAAUAAAAGGUGAAUUUUUAUUAACGGUUUACUGUUAGUGAAGGUGAAAUAUAAAAAUGAAUUGUAUUUAUGCCCAGAGGACAGUUUACAAAACUCAGUUUCUGGUGGCUUCUAUUUCAGAGAUGCCCGUGUGGUAAAAGACAUGGCUACCGGGAAGUCUAAGGGAUAUGGCUUUGUCUCCUUUUUCAACAAAUGGGAUGCAGAAAAUGCCAUUCAGCAGAUGGGUGGCCAGUGGCUUGGUGGAAGACAAAUCAGAACUAACUGGGCAACCCGAAAGCCUCCAGCUCCAAAGAGUACAUAUGAGUCAAACACCAAACAGCUGUCAUACGAUGAGGUUGUGAGUCAGUCUAGUCCCGGCAACUGUACCGUGUACUGUGGAGGAGUGACGUCAGGACUGACAGAACAACUAAUGCGUCAGACUUUUUCUCCAUUUGGACAAAUAAUGGAAAUCCGAGUCUUUCCAGAUAAAGGGUACUCAUUCAUUCGGUUCAGUUCCCAUGAAAGUGCGGCACAUGCAAUUGUUUCUGUUAACGGUACUACCAUUGAAGGGCAUGUGGUGAAAUGUUACUGGGGCAAAGAGACUCUUGACAUGAUAAACCCCGUGCAGCAGCAAAAUCAAAUUGGAUAUCCACCAGCAUAUGGCCAGUGGGGCCAGUGGUAUGGAAAUGCACAACAGAUUGGCCAGUAUGUACCUAAUGGUUGGCAAGUACCUGCCUAUGGAAUGUAUGGCCAGCCAUGGAGCCAGCAGGGAUUCAAGGCACCAGGCUUUGGUUCUCAGCACCCACAUGAUGUCUCACAGCCAUCUGAAACUCCAGGAGAUCCAACAACCUUUUCUGCCCUCACCAGGCACCAGGCAUGCAGUGCACAUACUUACAUACAUGCAGGCAAACUCAAAACACAUAAAAAUAAAUCAUAAAUAAAAACAGUAAAAAUAAACCCUUAAGAAAUAUUCUUUUGGGCUGGAGUGAUUAAGAGCACUGACUGCUCUUCCAGAGGUCCUGAGUUCAAUUCCCAGCAACCACAUGGUGGCCCACCACCUUCUGUAAUGGGAUCCGAUGCCCUCUUCUGGUGAGUCUGAAGACAGCUACAGUGUACUCACAUACAUAAAAUAAAGAAACCUAAACAAAAGAAAGAAA